CGACGGUUCAAUCCCGUCUCCAGCCAUCCUGAUUUAGGUUUUCCGUGAUUUCCCUAAAUCGUUUCAGGCAAAUGCCGGGAUGGCUCCUUUGAAAGGGCACGGCCGAUUUCCUUCCCACUCCUUCCCUAACCCGAGCUUGCGCUCCGUCUCUAAUGACCUCGUUGUCGACGGGACGUUGAACACUACCCACCACCACCGUGUGCUGACUUUAAUGUGCUCCCUGUUCCUGAAAAACAACUCCUGACAGCAACAGCCUCAUCUCAACCUGCCCCCCCCCCCCCCCCCCACCCCCUGUCCCACUCCUGCAUCUGCAUCUCUCCUACCAUAAGAGCUUUCAAGGGGAGGGUGUGUUAUGUGGUUGCUGAAGUUUUGCAAGGACUUCUGUAUUGAAACCAAAGAGACACGUAUUUCGGCUUUUUGGUAGACACAAUCUAGUUCUUGAAAAAAUUGAGGUCCAAAUGGAUAACCAUAUGGGGUCAGAAGUUGAUAAUGUUAAAAGUUAUUAAGGGUUUUGUGUUUUUCAUGCUGUAGUUUUAGUACACGUCAUUCUACGUGUCUUGCAGAGUAAGCGCGGCAGUCGAGGUCCCCCUCCUCCCAGCAAAGCAGAACGAAUCUGUUGUCAACUCUUUUACGUGGCGUUGUUGGUGAUUUUAAACUCAAAUGGCAGUGGACAAAAAAAAGUUCAGUUGCACCAUUUUUUGAAGAAAGCUGAAGUGGCACAUUUAAUAUACAAAUGCUAUUUUUGUUUAGCCUUUGAAUAACAUUUUUAGUAUUAUUGUGUUCUGUAGGAUUUUCAAUUGUACACAUUUACUAAUUAUAAGUAUGUAGUUGUUAAAAGGAAGAGCUCUGUGGUUCCUGUCACCAUGGGAGAAUUUGUAGGAAAGAUUAGGGUAAACACCUGAAGAGGAAUAGUUCUUUUUUCUUUAUGGUGGGUAAAAGUGACAGUGCCAAGUAAGUGUAACAUAUUUAAAAAUGGGAGAGAGACAGAGAGAAGGGGGGGGGGGAUUAAACUUAGAUAAGUAGAGAUUGCUAGGUGAUUGGUAGAGCGUGAGACUCUGAGAAAAAUCGUGGGUUUGAGCCCAAUGCUUGGGGGGGAGGGUUCAAGGCAUUACCACUAAACCGCUGGUCCGUGAUUGAUUCUUGGUCAUGGCUUUCUUUCUUCAUAUAUAUUUUUUAGUGUAUUUGAUAAUCAGAAUACUUUCAUUUGCCCUUUUUUUAAGUAAACCAUCCAGAGGCGUGAUAAAUGGUCAAAUAAGUAAAUAUAAUGCAUUGCCAGUCACUUUCAUCGUGAUACAUGGUACAAAAAUAAACCUAAAGAAUAUUUUUGCAUAACCCUAAUUGAUUGUCUAUUCUUGAGCAUUCUUGCAAUCAGUGGUCUGAAACUUAUUGCAGAAAUCGGCAAAACUUAAAUAUUUAUUGCACCGUGUGCAACAUGCAAAUGAAAUCUUGCCCCAUUGAAAUGUUUUCUGAUACUUUGUAUAUGGAAGACAUACCUGAUUCACAUUGCUAAAAACAGACCUGUCAGGUAUCAAUUCGGUUGUGGGCCAAGCAUAUAAAAACUUGUCUCGAGAGACAGGUGGGGACAACUAGUGUCGUAAUUCUGUGCUCUGCUGUGAUGUCGCACAAUUCUGAAGCCGUGGUAUGAAAUUCCUUACCUGUCAGAAGAAAUAAAAGUUGCACAGUUGACGAAGGUAGUUCCACUUUGGUGGUAUCACUGCCACAGUGCGGGUGGGCGGGCUCACCAGCAACAGCAUCAUCAUCUACAAAGUCUUUUCAUAGCGCGUCAUGUAUCCCUAUGAAAAUAACUUUUAGUACAUUAUUUGUACCUCUUUGAUUAUUAAUCACUCUGUUUGAUGUUUUACUUCAAAAAAUAAAUAAAUCAAUAAGUAAAUAAAAAUAAAAGGCACGACUAAGAAUGGAACGCGUACCAGCAGUUCGGUAAUCUAACAUUUCGAUCGUCUGACCGCUGACCUCGCUCUGCUACAUGUGGAGAGUGACGAGUACCUAAGCUGUAGUAUGAAAAUGUAAAAGCACUGAUAAACUGUACAUUUUCCUGAGUUCGAGUCUCGGCCCGGCACACAGUUUUAAUCUGCCAGGAAGUUUCAACCUGUACAUUAUUAACUCUGGAUCCCAUAUUAUAUUGAUAAAAAAGUUUGUCUAAAAACGAUCUUUCAAUGCACAGCAUUGAAAAUACUAUUUGCCAUCAAACUUCCAUCAACAACUUUGAUCUCGAUUUUUUUUUUUUUUUUUUUUUUUUUUUUUUCCUCAAAAAUGAGGGAGUGUCUAGCAAAAAAACCUAAACAUGUCUCUUUAUUUUUAGUAUACUGUGUCUUUACAGGACUUGAUCCAAUAUGUAUAUCAGCUACCACCGGAACUUGCAAGUUUUCCAACAAACAGCUUCAUAAGAAAAAGUAGCCCAUUAUUGGUAGGUUUGCCAGAGAUUAAGUACAGUGCAUAAAAGAAGUUACCUGUCCAAAUUGGGAUUGCAAUAAUAACUGAAUAGUGACAGUAUUUGUCUUCUGUAUUCCUCCAGAAUGAUCAUUGGAUGUGGUGCAUCAUUGUCCAAUGAUCCACACCUUACAAACAUGACACCAAAAAGAAAAAAAAAAAUUUGUACAAAAUAAUAUCAUACUGCAGUAUUGAUUUUUAAUUUUACAUAUUUUUGUUAUUGUUAUAUUAUUAAGUUUAACCUUAUUAUAACUACAUAAUUAUUUAAUUUUUUUGACAACAUAGCAUCUAUAUAAUUUAAGAAUUAUAUAGAAGAAAACAUGGACAUUUCUGUUUCACAGAGUUACUAUCUACAACUUUACAAACUAACACCCAAGACCACUAUGUCAUAAAAAUCUAUACUAUAACAAAACUAGAUAAUGUUGACACCACCACACUCUUAUGUGAAAUAUGCAAUACAUCACAUCUCAAACUAGAAAUGAACUAACUGAUACCCAUUAUAUUUGAAAUCAUAACUGAAAUAUUUAAUAUUCUACAUCACAAGAAACCAAACUACUUCUACAUCUACAUCCAUUCUCUGCAAGCCACCUGACGGUUUGUGGCGGAGGGUACGUUGAGUACAUCUAUUGGUUCUCCCACCUAUUCCAGUCUCGUAUUGUUCGUGGAAAGAAAGAUUGUUGGUAUGCCUCUGUGUGGGCUCUAAUCUCUUUUACUUUAUCCUCUUGGUCUCUUCACAAGAUAUACGUAGGACGGAGCAAUAUACUGCUUGACUCCUCAGUGACGGUAUGUUUUCAAAACUUCAACAAAAGGCCCAUACCGAGCUACUGAGUGUCUCUCUUGCAGAGUCUUCCACUGGAGUUUAUCUAUCAUCUCCGUAACGCUUCCGUGAUUACUAAAUGAUCCUGUAACGAAGCGCGCUGCUCUCCGUUGGAUCUUCUCUAUCUCUUCUACCAACCCUAUCUGCUACGGAUCCCACACCGGUGAGCAGUAGUCAAGCAGUGGGUGAACAAGUGUACUGUAACCUACUUCCUUUGUUUUCAUACUGCAUUUCCUUAGGAUCCUUCCAAUAAAUCUGUUUGGCACCUGCUUUACCGAUGAUUAAUUUUAUAUGGUCAUUCCAUUUUAAAUCACUGCUAAUGCCUACUCCCAGAUAAUUUAUGGAAUUAACUGCUUCCAGUUGCAGACCUGCUAUAUUGUAGCUAAAUGGUAAGUAUCUUUCUAUCUGUGUAUUCGCAUCACAUUACGCUUGUCUACAUUGAUUUUUGCCAUUCCCUGCACCAUGCACUUCCUGGAACACCUGAUAACAUUACACCACCUGCUUUUCACAAAGUUAAAUGCAGUACUUCUCGUCUUUUUAGAGUGAAUAUGGGCCUGAAAUCUACUGAUUUUCCUCUUGUCUGAAGUCAUCUGAGUUGGUACUACAGGCUGUUGUAUAGAAAUGAAUAGAUCUAUUGAGCAAUAAUGAGGUUGUCUACUUGUUCACUAUAGCAUAUAUUUGAGGCAAAGAGAAUACAAAGCACAAGAAAACAAUAGAAAAGUAGAAAUGAUGUGUAGUAAUUCCUUGGAAACAUCUUGUUCACUAAAUAAUUAUGAUACAGAAUGAGAUUUUCACUCUGCAGCGGAGUGUGCACUGAUAUGAAACUUCCUGGCAGAUUAAAACUGUGUGCUGGACCGAGACUCGAGCUCUGGACCUUUGCCUUUCGCGGGCAAGUGCUCUACCAACUGAGCUACCCAAGCAAGACUCACGCCCCGUCCUCACAGCUUUACUUCCGCCAGUACCUUGUCUCCUACUUUCCAAACUUCACAGAAGCUCUCCUGCGAACCUUACAGAACUAACACUCCUGGAAGAAAGGACAUUGCGGAGACAUGGCUUAGCCACAGCCUGGGGGAUGUUUCCAGAAUGAAAUUUUCAUUCUGCAGCGUAGUGUGCCCUGAUGUGAAUCUUCCUGGCAGAUUAAAACUGAGCACUUGCCCGUGAAAGGCAAAAGUCCCGAAUUUGAGUCUCGGUCUGGCACACAGUUUUAAUCUGCCAGGAAGUUUCAUAUCAGUGCACACUCCGCUGCAGAGUGAAAAAUCUCAUUCUGGGCGUAAAGUAUGCUUAGGAAGGAAAAUAAAAAACAUGUGCAAUUUCCGUCAAGCGUAUUUUCAAAAUACGCUACUUUGAGAAAUCUCGUGCCAGACUGUAGGUAGCAGAUUCGAGAACCAUAUUAAUUCAAUUUGGCGCCAGGUGGCAUUGAUUUCAAAGAUCGAAAACAUACCAUCCUCAUAGCUUUUACAAUAUGCAAAACAUUGUAGAUAUCCCUUUCCACAAUAUACAAAGCAUUGAAAACAUCCCUUACCACAUUACACCUGUUUUUUAUGAUAGUGUCAUGUCACCAAUGAAAAAAUAAAACAUAGCAUACGUUGUCAAUAAAACGUGUCGUGCGACAUAGUCAAAAACUGAAAUUAGAAUUACAUUAAUACCUUCAGCUGCUAACGGGUGUCGAUAUAUAUCAACGGGGACAGAUGAAAAUGUGUCCCCCGACCGGGAUCUCCUGCUUACGUGACACUCUCUCUAUCCAUCUGAGCCACCGAGGGUACAGAGGAUAGCGCGACUGCAGGGACUAUCUCACGCACGCCUUCUGCGAGACUCACAUUCUCUCCUUGUAUGUCCACACACUACAUUCGUAGCGUCCUACCCCGACACGGAUACCAUAUCCGUAUAAGUAUAUAGUCAAAGACUGUACAGAACACUAGGCACAGUGUCCAAAUACUGUAUUGAGAGACAUAAGUGUAAAGAUCAUUAUUAUAAAAGAAGAUGACGUGCAUUUUUGAUUAUUUUUCAAACAAAACAAGCAACUGUCAACAUAUUGAUACCACAAAUUGUCCGUGUCAAAACAAGCAAAACUUCAUUGUAAAUAACAAAUUUUCUAACCGUGUUAGGAUGGUCUGGGUUAGAUAGAGAAAUGGGAGGGCUGAGGGGCACAACUGAGGCAAAUGAGAUGGAAGUAGGGUGUGUUUUGUGGGGGAGGGGAUGGGUGUGAGUGGGAGAACAGGCGAGUGAUGGUGGGGUGAGAGGAAUGCAGUACCAGAAAGAAUAGCAGGGGUAAAAAGAAGGAAUUGGGGGGAAUGUUACACCAGUGGUACAUUUUCACGGAAUUUUACAUAAUAAAAUAUUAUUAUUUUAAAUGAUAUUAAAACAUAAUGAAAAUUUCUUCUUUUAUCCAUUACACAACUUUCUAGGUACAUACAAAUUUUACGUACAUGACAUGCAGGAACAACUUAAAAAAAAUUAUCAACAUAGUUUGGUACAUAGUAAUUUUCCAAGUAUAUAAACACAUUUUAUUGAUACGACAUGCGAUCAGUCCAGUGUUUGACAUGUAACACGUCCUUUGAUUGGGGGGGGGGGGGGGGAUAUUUAAAAAAUGGACCAAUAAACUGAAACUUUAUAUGAACAUGUUUACAAGUGUGGGAGAUCAUUGGAGCUUAGUACAGGUAAGGCAGGAGGAGAGGGGGUGGGGGUGAAAAGUUGGAUGAACAGUCUGCAAAUACAUAACUGUGAAGAUGACAUGUUAUACUGCAAACAGGCAGAAUGAAAAAACUCUCGCACAUUAGCUUUCGGCAACAGUCUUCAUCAGAGAAGCACGAAAAACAACUGCAAUUGUGUGCGUUUCUCUAUCUUUUUCUGCGAAAGAUUGUGGCUGGAAAUUAAUGUAUAAAUGUCUUUUAACUGUGCUGGUCUGCAACUUAACACGUGAUCUUUACAGUAAGUAGCAAUCUGUCGUUCCAUUACGUGUUGACAUUCCAGCCUGGAGUUUCCAUUCUUUAACAUUAUUCAAAUACAUGGUAUUUGAAGAAUGAACAUUCUGUAUGUGAUCCAUGUAGAGUAAGAAUGAAUAUACCACAUAUUUUGGUCAGGAGUAAUAUUUAAAAUGAAUUAAUAAGCUGAAACCUCGUGAACAUUUUUGCAAGUAUAUGAAUGUAAUUAGAACAUAAUUAUAAGGUCGGGCAAGUGGAGCAGUGAAAUGUUGGGUAAACAAUUUACCCGCGCUUAACAUAUUCCAGAUACAUACUAUUUGCAAUUAUUUUGACUUGCGUGUCAUAGGAUGGAAAGGACAGCGGCGGUGGCGGGGCAGGGGGGAGGGGAGGUUUGAAAGUUACACAAACAAAUAUAAAAUAACAAUGAUAGACCACAGGUGCAAUUAAUAUCGUUGAAAAGUUCAAAAAUAAGAGGCAAGUAUUGCGAGUUACAGAAACAGUUUGUUGAAUGUAUUAAAAUCAUAGACCACAGGUGUAAUUAAUUCCAUUGAAGAAACUCAUAAAAUAAAGGGGGCUGGUAAAACAAAUUUUGCUGAAAGUGACUCAAAUACAUAUGAAGCAAAAGGGCUCAACACAUGUGACAGUACGUAACAGUGACUGCUGCUUGGGUAGUUACUCUUCCAAACCACAUACAUAUGAGCAGAUCAGUUUUGUCUUUACCUGCGGUUACUCAUACAUUAGCUUCUUGGACUAUGCACGGCUCUUUACAAAAAAGAAAGCUCGAUGUAGUCAUAGUCGAGCUGUGCACAUCUGCUUUCAUACCCCGCAGCUAAUUUGCUGCAAUUAAUAUCUGUAGCUGUAGUCCUGCAGUGAAAUAGUUUGUGCAUUGGCUAAAAUUGCGAGUUAAUAAGAUAUACAGAAAUGAAAAAUAAAAGUUAAGUGAGUAAUUUAAUAACAAAGGUGCUAUUCUAAUGUCUGUAAUUGAUGUAGAGGGCAGAGAAUUAUGUUGAAUAAUGUUUAUUCAAGAAGGGACAUUUGAGAUAAGUGGGAAGCUGUCCUACAACAGAAAAUACCCUUAUUAAAUGCAGUAAAAUUACAUUGGGAGCAUUACGAGAUGGUAGCGAAGUCCCAAAACUAAAUUUUAAUUGGAGAUAUGUGGAAACUAAGUCCAUUUUGUAAUCACAAUACACAAAAUAUUCGCCAGCUCAAGACAGUUCAGAGUUCAACACAAUGAUUUACAAAUUAUUUCAUGUGAGAUAAAAAUUCUUACUCUGCCUAUCCUCAGUUCCGUAAAUGAACUGGAAAAAAUUAAAAUUCUACUCUGGAGUACAUUCAGAUCUCUUAAGAGCUAGACUAGAGUCCCUUCAAAAGUUGGGGUAUCGUAGCGCCAGUUCACCACCCAGAAUCUGUUAGCCACACUACCGAAUAAAGCACUAUAUCACAGGCAGAUCUGCCUUCUACGAGACCUCACAUAAGUGCCCCUUUGAGAUCUAACUGAAAAAUGUCCUCUAAAGUUAGUCUCAUAGCAGCUGUUCACAGUCCAGAAUAUAUGCCUGAAUCGGACACAUUACCACAGUCAGAUCUGUUGUCUUCCAGCACAAACGCAGAGGUGUCUCAGUUGUGUCCUUGAGCUUUUCGCUUGAUGCAAAGUCCCAGUAUCCUCUUGGCUGCUAUAGUGUUCCGUCACUGACCGGUUUUCCAUUGGCUGAAGGCUGUUCCCACAGAAACGACAACAUUCUUAAGCUCUACAGACACAAUCUGACUCAACAUGACCAUUUCCCUGCACUAAACUAAUAUAUUAUAACAAUAUUUAAAUAAAAGAAAUGUUAUAAACAUUUGGUCACCCUCAGACUAUGUACAAUGAUUGCAAGUAAAGGUUUGUUCAUAAAUAAAUCGGCUAGUAAUCUUGAGCAAGUGUGCUCACGUUAUGUGACAGUGAAUUUUUGUUAAAUUUUGUUUAAAUGAUUAUUUGUGUUUUCUUGACAUAAGUGUCUUUUAGUCUUCUUUUCAAUUGUCGUGUCCACUAACUCAUACGAUGGACAAAUUUUAAAUUAACAUUUUUUUUUUAAAUUAGCAUUUCCAGUCAACAUUUAAAUAAAGUUAGUAGUAAAAUAGUAAACUGUUCAUUAAACGAAAACACAGGUAUUACAAAAUAUGAGAUACUGAAUCUGUGUUCAUUUGCUAUGUAAAUGUGGAGAAUACAAUGUUCUGACAAACAUUUGCUUAAUAAAAAAAUGUCAUAAGUCAAUAUAUAAAAUAGAUACAGGUGAGACACUUUCAGGGAUAACAGCUAUCAUGCAGUGCAAUUGUGAGAGAUAUUAUUUGUUGAAAUUAUAUGAAGCAUUUAAACGUUGGAUAAUGUUACUGAUAUUUAAAGAAAAUAGUAUUAUAAAACUUUAAAUCAACUCUUGUGCUGGCAAAGCUUCUGAUAUGGUAGAGUAGUGCAUAGAAAAUUCUUUUUACGUAGCAAUGGAAUUGCAUUCUGUCAUCCAGCGUCAGAUUCCCAUUCCCAUCAGACUGACGAAAAUGUUGACCGAUGGCAUUGUUUAGAGGCCAGUGACUGAUGUUAAAUUAAUGCGGCUUGUGUAAUUAUAUUGUCCAGUUACUGAUAGAACUAAUCAAUAAAGGAGAUCUCAGGGAUGCUGGAAUAAAAGUUUGAUAAAGUAAAUGCCUAUUGAACAAUAGUAGCGUCCAAUUGUGGCCACCAAACAAUUUCUUGGCAACUCUCCUUUACUGCAGCCUGAAAAAGUUCUAUAAUACAACAUAAUGUGUCACAGAGUGAUGUACUGCUCGCAAGUGAGAGACUGUUUGUUUACUCUUAGGACAAUGUAUCUUUGACUUGUUAUAUUGUAUGUUCUGUGACUAUGGAAUAAAAUGUUGUUGGACAGCUAAUCGCUGCUCUAUUGUGAUUCACGACAUAAGAAUUUUGGUGCCGAAACCCGGGACAGACUUUGCCGGAGACAAUUUCCACGAUUGCCGUUGUGAAACACGAAUUCUGGAAGCACGUUACGCGGCAAUACUACGACGGGGUUUACUGCAGCGAUUUGUUACACCACGCAACAAGCUCUUCGACGACAACCGCCAUCAUACACAGCUAAGUUCAACUGAACACACGGACGAACUAACAGAAUACCGUUUUAACAGACUCCCAUUCGGCCUGACCUGCAGCCCAUUUUUACUUUCUGCAACACUAAGAGAACUUGCCGACAAGUGUAUGACAGCAUUUCCCACCGUAGCGCCACUUAUAAACAAGACUGCAUACAUGGACGACUUUGUGAUCUCAGUAGAAGGUGAUAAUUUGGUGAUAACUAUAUACUAUGAACUUGUAACCCUAAUGAAAUUGAUCAGUCUCCCCUUAUCAAAAUGGGCUACCAACUGUGAACAACUCCACACUAUCUGGAGGGCAGAAGGGCGAGAACUCCACACCCAGACUCAAGUUUUAGGUGUAGACUGGAACACCGCAGGUGACUACUUCUGUAUCGAUCCUAGCAAAAUCAUCAGAAGGUCGUCAGAAGAGCCAGCCACCAAACGACUUCUUUUACAAUGUACGGCUAAAUUCUAUGACUCACUCUGACUGUUUUCCCCAGUUUCUCUUGUUGGGAAAUUGCUAUUCCAGGACACAUGGUGCCGAGGAAUUGGCUGGGAUGAACUUAUGCCCUGGGACUUAGAGGCACGAUGGCGCGCUUGGAUAUCUAGCUUACCUUCAUUGUCACAUAUACGUGUCCCUAGAUGGAUUGCUACAGCUCAUGGAAGAGACUCUCAGCUGCACGUAUUCUGUGAUGCCUCGGAAAAGGCAUACGGAGCAGCUUUGUACAUCCGUACUGUCUUAGAUGAUGACGUCGUAACCCAUUUAGUCUGUAGCAAGAACAGACUUGCUCCUAUUAAGAAGGUGACAUUGCCUCGACUCGAUCUUUUAGCGGCAGUAGUUGGGACCAGACUAUUGUGUUACUUUUGCCGUGCAACAGACUUUAAAAUUGCCCAUGCGAUAUUGUGGACGGAUUCUACAAUAGCACUAAGUUGGAUUCGCUGUGAUCCUAACAAAUGGAAGACCUUCGUUUGUAAUCGUGUAACUGAGGUACAAACACACACGACUCCCACGCAAUGGAAACACUGCCCAGGACCAGACAAUCCUGCUGACCACCUCUCACGUGGACUCCUCGGCUACCAAAUGAAUUAUCUGGAUAUUUGGUGGCAUGGGCCGCCUUGGCUUACACGCCCUCCUGAAUGCUGGCCAAACAACGAUACUCCAACGAUGGUACGACUUCCUCCCGAAGAAAAGAGGAAGAAAACCAAGAGCCAAGUUUUGUCGAUAUCUACGCCAACCAGCCUUUUGAACUUACUUAAAUUCAGCUCGUACUGGAAGCUCAUUCGUAUCACAGCAUGGACUCUCCGUUUCCUACACAACAUUCGUCAGAAGAAUAAAUCUUCAGGAGAACUUACAGCCACCGAAUUAUCAGCUGCCAAAAUGUAUUGGAUUCGAGUGGGCCAGAGAGAUUCCUUCCCCAACGAAUUACAUGCACUUCAGAAUAACUUACCACUGCCAAGAGAGUCAAAAAUCGCACGAUACAAUCCUUUCCUAGAAGAUGGACUGAUACGUCUAGGAGGUCGACUGCAGUGCACUAGCCUAAAUAGGGAACAAAAACAUCCUGUACUCCUUGACGGUUCCCACCACUUCACACAAUUGGUUAUUCGAGAGACACACAUCCGCCUUCAUCACUUUGGUGUUCGUUCUGUACUAUCCGAACUGCGAACCGAAUUUUGGAUCCUUAGAGCUCGUCAGGCCAUCAAAAGAAGCCUAUACUCAUGUCUCGCAUGCAAGAUCUUGAAGAAUCCACGAGGGCAACAGAUCGAAGCACCGCUGCCACCUGAACAAGUUUCACCUGCCAAACCAUUUGCUGUAACCGGAAUAGACUUUGCUGGCCCACUAUUCAUCAAAGUGGGGAAGGAAACGCACAAGUCAUAUAUCACUCUUUUCACAUGUGCUACCACUCUAGCUGUACACCUCGAACUCUGUACAGACUUGUCAACGGACAAGUUUCUUAUGGCACUUCAGCGAUUCGCCGGAAGACGCGGACUACCCCACACAAUAUAUACAGAUAACGCGAAAACAUUCCACGCCACGAAUAUGGAACUAGCCCAACUUUGGAAGGCAUUAACCACCACAAAAUCUUAUCAGUUCCUCGCCCACCACGGUAUUACUUGGAAAUUCAUUGUCUCCCGUGCGGCUUGGUGGGGAGGAUGGUGGGAAAGAAUGGUGGGCACUAUAAAGCGUUGCCUACGGAAGGUACUGGGACUCGCAAAGCUCACUGAGGAACAACUGAACACCACCUUGAUCAGUAUUGAAGCCGCGGUGAACUCCAGGCCCAUCACACCAGGAGAUGAUUGUGAUGCACUCACACCAUCCCAUUUUCUGACGGGAGAAAAACUUACGACUAUUCCGACGGGACCAGAACCUUCAGCGAGCACGAAUUUAACAAAGGAAUUCCGACUGAGACAGCAACUCUGUGACAGUUUUUGGAACCGUUGCGUUAAAGAAUACCUAUUGGAGCUCCGGAACUACCAUGAAGUUAAACGCCCAUCGGGACGAGUCAUCCCCUUUCGCCCUGGCGACAUCGUGCUGAUCCAAGAGGACCUUCGUCCGCGACAUAUGUGGAAGAAGGCCAGGAUAGAAAAGGACGAUAAUACUCCGGACACCAGAAGGUCACAUCAUUAGUCGUCCUGUGCAGCUGGCCGUACCUUUGGAGGUCGACCAGGGUGGCGAGGAUGUCACAGAGUGAUGUACUUCUCGCAAGUGAGAGACUGUUUGUUUACUCUUAGGACAAUGUAUCUUUGACUUGUUAUAUUGUAUGUUCUGUGACUAUGGAAUAAAGUGUUGUUGGACUGCUAAUCGCUGCUCUAUUGGGAUUCACGACAUAAUGAAUUGAGAUGCGACUUUAAUGGAAGAGGAAGGUAUGUUUUUGAUUCAAACACAGCUAUUGUAAUUAAAUU